CACGGAUCACCUAGCUGGAAUUCGAGCGGGGAAGUGACGCAUUCUUCCAGAGUCUUUCCCCAUCCGUAUCCGCCGGAACACAGAACUCCGCGCAAUUGGAGUCCCUUGAUGUCAGUCAACCGCAGCUUAGCCUCCACCUCUCUUGAUUCUCGUCUCUGCUGCACUUGGCGACCAUAUCGGCCGUCAGGAAAAGAAAUACCAACGGGAUGAGGGGAUCGUAGGCCAUGUAAAUACAAAACGUAAAAUGUUCACGAUUUCAUCGACACGUUGAUAUUCCGUUUGCUUUGCGAUUGUCGCAGUUAUGCUCCCGAUCGUAUCCCGUCCGUGUGUUUUAUCCACCACCGUCUCUAGCCUCGGGAAAAUGUACCCGACUAUUCUUGAUUGCAUUUUUUUCGCAAACAAAAGAAGACACCAGAAAAAGCAAUAAAAGACCACGGCAGAAGGAUCGUUUCAGGUGCCCCCACCUCAUGGAGAAGGUUGGCAAGGCGUGGAACAACCUGAAGAAGGGAUGUCAAUCUCUGCUCCACACAGAUGGGGGUUCUCGCAUUGAAACACCAUCACAGCUUCAAUCGCAAACAGACACAGUAUGCCAGAGUGUGGACAAGGCCCAGGGAGACAGCACACUGGAGGGUGCUAGUGCCUCCAGCAGUGUGGCAGCACUCCCUCUAGUGGCAUGGAGGACCAGUGGUGUGUCACGACAGGGCCAUAACUGUGUAGUGGAUGUACCCCAGAUACUAGAAAUCACAGUUGAGCCGGAUACCGAAGAUUCUCGUGCUCCUCUGGGAGGCCGCAGAGACUCUUAUUCACGUCAUGCACCUUGGAGUGGAAAGAAGAGACACUCAUGUUCCACUAAGGCUCAGAGUUCUCUGGAAACAACAGAUCGGCAAUCAGGCCGGUCUGGGCGCAGACAUGGGACUGGUAGCAGCCGUGAGGAACUGGCGUCAGGGGCAACACGCUCCCUACGGCAGCAGAUUCAUGACACAGUGGGUCUGUGCCUCCCACUGCGCUCAUCCUCUCGGAACAGUCACCUUCCACCACCCAAACGUAAAAUACAAAUCACAGAGCUGAUGCUGGAGACAUGCCCCUUUGCACCAGGAUCAGACCUUGCCCGAAAAUGGCACAUGAUUAAACAGCACACGUCACCAGUAACAGUGAUACCAGUGGAUUCAUCCUCCGGUGCUUGCGGUGCUACCUGUGCAUCACCGGAAGAUGAGGAAGAGCGAUUACGCGAAAGGAGACGACUCAGCAUUGAGGAGGGUGUGGACCCACCUCCAGAUGCCCAAAUCCACACAGUGGAGGCCAUCACAGCCCCCCUAACUUCCCUUUAUAAGCUGGGACCUAAAUUGGCCCCUGGAAUGAGUGAGGACCUAGGCGAUAGCCGAGGGGCAACAGCAGAUAACUGUGACUCUGAGGAGGAUGAUACCACCACUCUUUGCCUGCAAGCUCGCAGGCCCAAGCAGCGGCAUGCUUCGGCUGAGGGCCUCCUGAGCAGCAAGCAACUGGGCCCUUGGAAAGUACACACUCAGAUUGACUACAUCCACUGCUUGGUUCCAGAUCUGCUGGAGAUCACAGCACUUUCCUGCUACUGGGGUGUGAUGGACCGUUAUGAGGCUGAAGCGCUGCUGGAUGGUCGGCCCGAGGGAACCUUUCUGCUGCGAGACUCUGCUCAGGAAGACUACCUGUUCUCCGUUAGCUUCCGCCGCUAUGGCCGUUCAUUACAUGCACGCAUCGAGCAGUGGAAUCACAACUUCAGCUUUGAUGUGCACGAUCCAUGCGUGUUCCACGCAGCCACCGUCACAUCACUCUUGGAACACUACAAGGACCCUAGCGCUUGCAUGUUCUUUGAGCCGUUGCUCACUUUGCCUCUGCACCGGACCUUCCCAUUUGGCCUGCAAAGCCUAGCUCGAUCAGCCAUUUGCAAUGGGAUCACCUACGAUGGCAUCGGGGCAUUGCCACUGCCCCCUGCUCUGCAGGACUACCUCAGGGAGUAUCACUAUAAGCAGAGGGUGCGCGUACGCUGGCUUGAGAGGGAGCCAGUCAAGGCCAAGUGAGGCAGGGCAGAUACUUCUCAGCUCUCCAAUAGGAGUAGUCCAUUCAGCACUUUGCAGAGGUGGAGGAAUUACAAUUUUUUGGUUGGGGAAAGGGGUUAAAUGUUGGGGAUUAUAUGUAUGAAAGGAGGGACCUGAAACUGAACAUGAUAUAUAAGCUUCUAACAUUUUUUGUUAUCUAACAAACAAAGAAAUUAUAUAUACAGUGGCUCUCCAGUGUGCACAUUUCACUACAGCUUCUGGACUAGGAUGAAGCAGCAGAGGUCUUAGUCUCAUUUUCCCUACUCCUUCAGUUUCCAUGGCUGUACUCUAGGGGAAAUCUGCAGAUACAGAUAUUUUCAUGCCCCUUCAAUCUUUCACAUCCUAGCUAUAUGAUUUAUAACAAUUUCACUUUAUUUCUGUUGUACUGUUCACCUCCCAACCUAUCCUUAAUUUUCUUCCAUUAAAACUGCAUUGUUCAAGCUUAUUCAAAGUAAUAAUGUGGACAAAUUCUGAGGGGUGUGGAAAUGAAGGGUGAUGUUGCUUUUUCAACUUUCAUCAUCCUUUGCUUUCAUGGUGCUCUGUCAGUGGUUCCCAUGGUAACAUUCUGUGCUCAUUCCGUGGUCAGAGGAGGCGGCAUUCGAGAGUAGUAAAUAAAAAAGGCUUUCGCCCUGCUCAUAGAGAACAAUACAGAGAAAUCCAUGAAAGAUGGAUUGACCUUAAACUAUGUAUCAAGACCGCUUUUGGGAAUGCGCUGCAGAAGGGCUUUUUGACGUUCUGCUUCCUUGUGCUUCUGGGAAGCGAUAAGGAUGACGGUGCACAACCUGACGCAGUGUGAUGUGAGAGCGCUCGGUUUUCAAAAAACAUAGUUACUCACACUCUGCAUUCUGUUGCUGGCUAUGUUUUGUAAUCAUGUAUUCCUACCAAUAAUUGCACAGGGGGGGUAACCAAUUCUGUAUCGUCUUUUUUGUAUUGUUGUGAAUGGUCUAUCAGUGCCCUGGAAAUUGGGUGCUGAAUCAUAGCACUUUAACUUAACUGUGCUUAUGUUAGUGGGUGCAGCAGAGGCAAUACAUAAACCUGCUACACUGGGACCAUUGUUGUUAGGCAUAAACACCCUCCUAUAUAGGAAUAAACACUCUACGCUCACUUUGUCUAACCCACAUUGUUUUCGAGAGGACGGAGUUAGUUUUGAUGUGACCCUAUCAGUGCCAUUGGAUUUGGGUCAAGCUGGCUUGAUUUUGGGGUGAUUUAAAAAUUGAUGAAUGAUCUGUAUAUUUAGGUUUAUCAGAUUCCCUUAUUUUUAUUUUUAAACAACUAGGAGGAAGGUUCAGGAUUUAAAUAAUAGAGUAUAAUCACAUUAUUGGCCCCUAGGCCAAGACUAGCUUUGUGAUCACUUAAAAAUCAGCCAAAUCCACACUUGAAAUUCUUGACUAAAUUUGACUUUCAAAUUUCACAGGCAUUUUUGAUGAAUGCUGGGAAAAGGAUAAGACCGAUUUAAAACUUUUGUGCCGUUUGCCCCAUCUGUUUAGUUUCAAAAACACCUAGAGCACUUAAGUAGUGUGCCUUCAUACAUCUAAAGCUUUUAGUUCAUAUGGUGCAUUCAGUGGAUGUGUUACCUAACAGUAGUCCAACUGGAAAAGACAUGUUUUCCAUUGACUGUUUCUGCCAUUGGCACUGUGAGACAUACUCUUCAUGGGCUUGGUGCUGAUGUAUGAUGCAUUUUGAGUACUGCUAGGGAUAUGAAUAUUGAUUCCCACAUCUUUCUGACUUGUUUUCAGUUGAUGAGAUCAGGUAGAACUGCCAAAUGCUAAGCUCAGGCUCACAACACCUAAACAGCAGUGUGGUACCGUGCAACUAUAACCAGCUUGUGUGUAUGUGUGUGAGUGUGUUGAACUGCCCCUGACCUCCCUGUCAGCCCUAAGAGACUUCUGCUGACAUGAAAAGUUGUGUGUCAUCUACUCCUCCCAGGCAACACUAAUUACAGUCUAUCCUAAUGCAUUUAAAGUUGUCUUCCUGCACGUUAUCCUGUUGAGUCUUUUUGAUGUCAGGGUCAUCCUGGGAAGAAUUCAAAGACACGAGGAGAGAGCUUUGGGGCGAUGCUGACUCUGUGUUUUGAUCUCCCUCACCUCAACUCUUUCUGUAAGGUGUGGGUGAAAUUAGUGCAAUGUACACAGAGCCUUAGCUUAGAUGGAGGUUGUGAAGCAGGUUUCAGGUUAACAUGGUAUCUAAAAGGGUCGGCUGUCCAGCUUACCGCUCACCUGUAAAAGUGUCAUGCUUUGGCUUUGCUCCAGACACUCCUCACUGCACUAACUCAUGAAACUUGACAAGUACCUACCUUUUACCUGUUUGUACCAGUUUUCAUCAGGGAUGGAACAGUCGCUCAGUCAGAUUGGGGCAGAGAUGCCCCCCCCCCAUGUAUCUAUAUAUAUAUAUAUAUAUAUAUAUAUAGAUACAAAUUUUAAAAUGAAAUAAUUUUUAUAUUCGUAACUAAAGAAAUGCAAUAAUGUUCUUGGGCUUAGCUCUAACGGUGACCCAUGUGAAAACUGAUGUGAAUUGUCUGAGAGGUCCUUUGAAAUUGUCUUCAGGUUAGGAUCAUUUUGUUAUCAUGACAAAAAAUGGAUAUGGUGCAAUGUGUCAUAAAGGUAUGUGUGAGAGAAACUAUAGAUCGAUGUGACCAAAGGUUUAAGUUUGGUGACAAAUUUGCCAAUUUGAUAGCUUUUAGACACCAUCCUCACAAAACUGUUGUAAAAAUGUUCCAAGAUAAACAUUUUCAAAGUUAAACAGGGCCUUGUUUUAGACCCUAAAGGUGCUAAUUGGCUCAUUGUAUGGAUUUAUUAACUUUUCAGAAGUGCCUUUUCUUAAAUUUAUUCACCCUUUCCUCAAGUAACCCAACUAGGUCCCCAGUCUAGUUAAUUUGCACGGUGCAGCAAAUUAAAUCAAAAUUCCAUGUUGUAGAAAAUGCAACAAAAACAUGCAUUAGUUUUAUUCUAUUUUUUUCAUUCAAUUUUGAAGUUGUGUGCCACAAGAAGGUUAAGAAGUUGAAAAAUCACAAAGAAUUAGUGUACACAAUGCUUUUAAUCCCCCAUAUUUUAUUUCCCAAUUUAAAGUCUGGAUUUGCUGUUCAUUUGUUCAUCAGGACAAUGUUGCUAUACAUGAUUAAGAAAUAUUUAUAGAUCAUCAGGUAUAUGAUUUUAUUGGUCAAAAUGGAUUGAGACUUUAUCACAGAUCACAAAGCAAGAAGAAAAGUUGUGAUUCUCUGUCAGUAGCCUAGCUGGAGUAGCUGAAAUUUAUUUUAGAAAAUAACAAGACUGUUAAAAUGUUCUAAACUCGUUUUGUGUGCAGAGACUUGCACAAUACCAACAGGAAAGGUAUUCUAUUCAAUGUUAUUUGAUACGUUUCUGUACACAAACUAUAGGGAGGUUGUGUUCAGCUAUGUUUAGACAGAAAUAAAACUGACUGGUUGUCUGAUUUGUAUUAAAUUCUGUUUAAAUUCCGUUAAAAUCACAAGCAUCACUACGUUACCAUAAAGCUGUAUAUGCACAUUUGUUUUAGAGGAAGGGGCUGAUGGUGAGGUUUAGGACUGGGUGACAGCACUUGACAAUGAUUUGACUUGGGAUGACUUUUGCGGCCCCCCCAUGACCUGCCUCUGUAUUUCUGAUUGGACCCUUGGGAGUAGCCCCUCAAAACUUGCUGAAACAUGCACCAUGGAUUAUCUGAAGUCAUGUGGUUAUCACUGUCCCUCACCACCUUAUAUGUAUCAACUAUUAUUAUAUUUUUGUACACUGCCCAAGGUUUGUACUGUACGAUGUAAUUACUCACACUUGAUGUCCUUUCUCUCCUCUUUUCUUUGUUCUCUCUGGUGUACAGUUAAUGGUCCCUACUCCCAGGCUGUUACUAAGUUGCUCUGUUGUAUUAUUUUGUUUGACUUUGGGUUACAGUUUGCUGUUUUUGAGGGGGCGGGGCUUGCAUCUCUGCUUGCCCCUCUUUCACCAGUAUCUGUCACUCAUGGUGCUCUUGGCUUUUGCUUCAUUGUCUUAAUAUUCAAAAAUAAAAGUGUUGUAUGUGUAA